AUGGUUGGUUUUGAUUACAGUGAGCAUGCAGCAGAACUAGAGAAGAAACAGAAUGAAAGUGAGAAUAAAAAAUUGAUGGGAACAGUUUUACAAUAUGGUGGAGUGGUACAGUUAUUACAUAUUAAAAGUAAUAAAUUUUUAACAGUCAAUAAACGACUGCCAGCACAACUAGAGAAAAAUGCUAUGAGGGUAACUCUGGAUUCUUCUGGCAACGAAGGUUCCUGGUUUUAUAUUCAACCCUUUUAUAAACACAGUUCACAGGGAGACAAGGUGGUUGUAGGUGAUAAAGUGGUCUUAAAUCCAGUAAAUGCAGGACAACCUCUACAUGCUAGUAACUGUGAUCUCAUAGACAAUCCUGGAUGUAAAGAAGUGAACUCUGUUAACUGUACAACAUGUUGGAAGGUGAUAUUGUUUAUGGAAUAUAGAGAGAAUAAAGAUGAUAUUGUCAAAGGGGGAGACGUAGUGAGAUUGUUUCAUGCAGAACAGGAGAAGUUUUUAACUGGUGACGAAUAUAAAAAUCAACAGUAUGUUUUUCUACGGACAACUGGACGAACAUCUGCCACAGCUGCUACCAGUUCUAAAGCAUUAUGGGAAGUGGAGGUUGUCCAACAUGAUGCCUGUAGGGGUGGGGCUGGUCAUUGGAAUAGUUUAUUUAGAUUUAAACAUCUUGCCACUGGUCAGUAUCUGGCAGCUGAAGUUGACAACGACCCUACCGCUGAUGCUACCAGGAAUAAACUACGAGGGCAGGCUUCCUGGCAGGUAUUUUGUCUGGUUUCUGUGCCCCACGGUCAUGAUAUAGCGUCGAUAUUCGAACUGGAUCCUACCACCAUGAUUAGAGGAGAUUCCUUAGUGCCCAGACAAACGUUUGUACGACUACAUCAUCUGUGUACAGAUUCCUGGGUGCACAGUACCAGUAUCCCCAUAGAUAAAGAGGAGGAUAAACCAAUCAGAAAUAAGGUUGGUUGUGCGAAGAUAAAAGAAGACAAAGAAGCAUUUGCUAUUGUACCUGUUAGUCCGAUGGAAGUUCGUGAUUUAGAUUUUGCUAAUGAUGCCAGUAAACUAUUAGCUGAUAUAGCUUCUAAACUAGAACGAGGUGCUAUAACACAGAAUGAGAGAAGAUUUGUGACCAAUCUUCUGUCAGAUUUGAUUCAUUUUCUGGGUAACUUGGAGAUGACCAACUCUGGAGUAGAACCACUAGAUUUAGUUAUUUUGAAACAGGAUAGAGAACGACAGAAAUUAUUUCGAGAACAAAAUAUUUUAGAACAGAUUUUCAAGAUCCUACAGGCUCCGUUUCAAGACCGGGGUCAGGGUCCGUUUCUACGUAUGGAAGAACUCGCUGAUCAGAGACACGCCCCGUUUCGUCACAUCUGUCGUCUGUGUUAUAGAAUACUAAAAUUAUCUCAACAGAAUUACCGAAAAAAUCAGGAAUACAUUGCCAAAAAGUUACCAUUUAUGCAGAAACAGAUCGGAUACGAAGUUUUAGCUGAGGAAACCAUCACUGGUUUGUUACAUAAUAACAGAAAAUUACUGGAAAAACAUAUCAAAGAUUCAGAGAUAGAAACUUUUGUUAAACUGGUCAGGAAAAAACAGGAACCAAGAUAUUUAGACUAUCUAUCAGACCUAUGUGUAUGUAAUAAAGUAGCGAUACCUAGUACACAAGAGUUAAUCUGUAAAUGUCUACUCAGUCCUGAUAACGCUGAUAUUCUGAUAGACACCAGAUUAAUGACGACUCAAGUAGAAACAGAACUAGAAGUAGAUUCUCCUGACGGUGAAAUCGUAGAUCCUAUAAUUACUAUAGAGGAAGAGGAGGAGGUGGUAUUAAUUUGGAAUCAUCUUAACGAUCAUCAACAACAGAAAGGUAUCCGAGAGCUGGCUAUGGGAGCUGCUGAUAAUAUCAAAGAAGAUAAAGAUAAUCUAGAAUAUUACAGACACCAGUUAAAUCUAUUUGCUCACAUGUGUUUAGAUAGACAGUAUCUAGCCAUCAACAAACUAUCACCUCAACUAGAUGUUGACCUUAUAUUGAAAUGUAUGGAGGAUGAAUCUCUACCAGCUGAUCUGAGAGCCUCGUUUUGUCGUUUGAUGUUACACAUGCAUGUUGACCGAGACCCCCAGGAGCAAGUUAAACCAGUAAAAUACGCUCGACUGUGGUCUGAAAUACCAACUAAAAUAUCAAUAGAGGAUUAUGAAGCUCAUGUGUGUAAAAUCCCAGAGAAAGAACAAGUAAAACACAAAUUUCAACAGACUAUUACGUUUGUUGAAGAUUAUCUCUGUAAUAUUGUUAAUAAAGCCUGGUCUGAAAAGGAACAGAAUAAACUUACUUUCGAGGUUUUACAUUUCUUAUACUCAGUUAUAUAA